UGUCGGAGAGUCGGACGCGGGGGGGGGGGGGCUAUUGACCGUCGAGCGGCUGCGACGGCCGAGCGUCCGGGGUCGUCGCGUCCUGGCACGCCCCGCCCAGCUGCGCGCCGCCAGAUGGCUUUGCGGUGCGCUCGUGAACGGGCGCCGUCCCUGAUGGAAGGCCCGCUGUUCGCCGCCGCGCCUCAGGCCGCUGCCGCCAGCUUCUUCGGGCCCAGCGCUACCUCCACAGCUCAAGGCGCCAGCGCCAAUGUUAGCGCCACUGCAUCAGCACCUCGUAACCCUAACCCUACCGCCAGCGCCACUGCCUCUAGGCACCUAUUCGCCUCUUCGAAUCCAUCCUCUAACGGUGCCACCACCGAAGUGCUUGGAAAUUGUUGGACCUCCGAAGAUACCUGGCAUAAUGUCUACAGUUGGAUUAAUAAUAGUCAGAAUUGUAACGACUCUGAAGGUGAUAGCGUUCGCUCUUCAACCUCGUCUCACCUCCAUUCAAGCCCAAAACAAUCUGCCUGGCCCAUUGAUGACUCGCACCUCUUUGAGCCUCUUUUCGAUUCCACCUAUGCCCAUCUGAAUCAGGACAGAAAGCACUUCGAUGUGACUUUCGACAAUCCUACGACGCGCCAGCCAACACCACCUGUGGCCACCGCAAAGCCUUGCGCCGAAUAUAACCUCAUCCAGGAACUGCUCAAGCUGAACAUUCGCCAACCGACCACCUCCGAAUGGGGCCUUCCGGAUGCCGCCGCCGCAGCGGGUCUUGCGCACCGCGACGUCGCCGCGGCAGCUGCCGCAGCCGCUGCCGCCGCCGCGGUCUACCGUCCCACUCCGAUCCAGCGGCCGGCGCAGGUGGAUGUGUGGAACACGCGACAAGACGAACAGGACGUGUUCUCGCAAAUGAACAAUAACGACAUGAACUACUUCCUGCCGCGUCUCAGCCAACAAGUGCAGCGCGAAGCGAUUCUGCGACGGAACAACGCGGUGAUGGAAUCGCACGCAAGACUUGAAGAAUGCUGUGAGGAGUAUCGUCAACUGGAGAAGGAACGGAAGCAGACCGAAGCCGAACUGGCUAGACAUAAUCUCGGCAAGAAGAUUAGUUCUUCAAAUGGUCUACCGAUUCCACGUCUGCCCACUGCACCAUCGCGUGUCGAUCGACUUAUAGUCGACUUUUUCCGUGAACAUGCACGUAUCACGACGUUAUUAUCCAAGAUGGAACAACUUCGCGGCGCUCCAUUGCCUAGCCCAGUCCAUCAGGCGCUAAAAGAGUUGCUCGAAGCGGUCACUGUUCUACAGCACUGUCGUCAUCACGAACGUACAGCAAUACUACAGCAAUUGCGUGGUGAAACAGUACGAUAUGAUGAGGAGAAAGAAACCGCCAGUCUGACGCAAGCAUUGAUUGCCGUUCGACGCGCGGCGUGUCGUGCACGUGCGGUCAACUGGUGCUCGUUGGUAUGGACUUUGGGGCCAGAAGAUGUUGUCCAGAAGUCGCAGGUGGAGCGUUUGGUUGCAUCCGAUUUUUCCGUUGGACCCCCACCGAUCCGCCCACGUCCGCUGAAGAAUUGACCAAUGGGUCGAAGAGUCCACAAUGUCACCGAGCUCUUCACCUACCCUAUGCAUAGAACCUUUUGAUUGGCAAAUUCAUUGUUUUCUACUGAUUAUGAGACAGUUGUUGAAUUGUUCGGCGCCUCAAUCGCCUCUCCCACUCCCGUUGUUAUUAGCGCGAUUAGCCUUGCGCGCGCAUGUGCAUGCGUCACGUAUGCGUGCAUGUACGCGCGCGCGUAAGGCACGAGUCAUCAUCAGAGCCGUCUCUCAUACAUUUUCGUUUGUUCUGUUCUAGAACCCCAUUCCUUGUAAAUAUGUUGUAAAACGGUUGCGCAACCGUUUAUGCGUGAGUGUGUGUUGCAGUUGUCGGGCGCGAGUCGCGCGCAUUCGCCGUCUCACUACUAUUUCUCUCCCAACCUUCUUUAUUUUACUACCACACAUACCCUCCCCCCACUAUUAUAUUUUCUCAUCGCGAGUUGUCGUUCGUAGUCUGUCUAGCCAUUGUAGUGAUCAACCGUGGUCCGUGUUCACCGGUGUAGAUCUUACGUAGUACUCCCUCGGUACCCGGUUUAGUUUAUCGCGAAAAUUACAGUAGUUACAGUGCAAGCCCCUCCCCCUCUAACUUUUCAUCAUCCCCUUUCUACACAUACCCUGUGAAAAUCCUCCCCGUUGAUGACCUAAUGUUCACACAUCCUCUGUUUUCUUCUGUGUCUUCCUUACUACUAUUCUUAAUAAUAACACCAUAAGUUUGUUUGAUGUUUUCGGAUAUUUCUGUUCGGGCGCAGGUAGCAAAAUAAUAAACAGUCAUAGUCAGA